AAUCGGGCAACUGUAAUCGCUGUGUUUUCACGUUAUGGGGAUGAAUAUUUAGUUUCAUUGUAAUGUUUGCUCCUUUUAUUCGCUCAGACAUGAACUGCUAACACGGGCGGGAUUUCAAGCCGUGUGGUGUUUGAGAAAGCACGAUUUGUCAUCAUCAGCUCCUCCUGCCAGGUGAGCAGAGUGACAAGCAGCUGUAACAUCGCGGUUGGUCUCACUUAAAUGUCAUUACAAAUGUUGUCUACCAGCCUGUAUAAAAAAGAAAAGCGGUUACACAGAAAAAGGGCCACAGAUGUAAUCGUUUGACAGAUUGCAGCCAUGUCUAUAGAAUACACCAUUGACAUCCAGCUGACCGAGUUGGGGUUUCCAGACAUCUUGGAGUCGCAGGAGACUUUGGUGACAGAAACACCAUGUCUCUCCACAUCAUCUGAUGAUUCACUCUCACCCAGUCACUCUCACACUUCACUUCCAAACACGGGCAAAGAAAGACUGCUCGUCAGAAGCCAGAAAUCAGCUGCUGAUAAAGAAGCAGCAGCGGCAAAAAAUACCUCAUUUGAUGAAAAAUUAACAAAAGUAUAUGCAUCACCUCUGUUAGAGGAGUUACCAUGUAAACCUCCAGAUUCUUCCCAGAGUCAGCAAAACAAACAAACUGUCAAAGACUCUGCACCUCCAGAACCAUCAGAACCCAAAGAGACUGAUGUUGGACAGGACAAAACGGACAGUCUGCUGCUCAUAACCCAACAGGGGGAUGAUGGAGAGGAUGGUGACAGAGAGGAAGCACAGGAGAAGUCAGCUGAGGCGCAGCAGGAUGUAGAGAGUGACUCGGAUGACAGUGAUGUUUCAGUGUUGGAUGAGGAUGAAGAGGUUGAUGACGAAGAGGAGGAAGAGGAAGGGCCUAACAAUGAGUUGAGUCAUUCCGGCGAGUACCGCUGCAGUGUCUGCGAUCUACAGCUGUCCUCUGAAUUCAAGCUCCAAGACCACAUGAACCUGCACACAGGGGUGCGUCCGUACUGCUGUGCAGAGUGCGGGAAGCGUUUCUGUCAGAUUUACAACUACCGUGUCCACCUGCGCACACAUGCCCAGACUUCAGCGGGACGUCUCCAGUGCCGUAUCUGUCUGAGGGGCUUUGCCUCACAGGAAGACUUGAAAGGCCACCUGUCAAAAACUCACUUUGAGGACCGGUUUUAUGAAUGUGAUCUGUGCAAGCGCGUAUUUACUUCCCUUAAGGCGUGUGAGCAUCACGUGCAGUUACACAAUUGUUUGCUGGGCAUUAAUUGUAAAGUAUGUGGCCACAGUUUUACCUCUCUGAAAGCCCUCCAACGCCACCAGAAGAGGACAUGCAGUUGCAAUUUUAAAUGCACAGACUGCGCAAAGACCUUUACCAAGAAGAAUGCUCUACUAAAACACAGCUUCACCCACCUCGGUUUGUUGCCUUACACCUGCAUACGAUGCCGCAGCCACUUCCGCCUGGCAAAGCUUUACCGCCAACACAAGUGUGAGCCUGAACGCAUUCACUGUGUGGCAUGUCUAAGAGAAUUCCUCAGUCAGGCGGACUUCCAGCAACACAAAAAGGACACAGGCUGCUGGGGCAAUCAGGAACCUAAAGGGGAUGAGAUCCGAUGUUUGGAGUGCGGUCAGAGAUUUGACACCACAGAAGAGCUGAAGAAACAUGCCGGGGCUCACCAGAGAGUGCUGAAAUGUGCUGAAUGUGGUAAGGGGUUUCGGUCGGCCUUGCUGCUUAUGUCACACAUGGGCGGUCAUGCCGGCAAGUCGCCCUGCCUUUGUCAGAGCUGUGGACUGGGCUUUCCUCACCAGCAGAACUACGACAGCCACCUUAAGAAGUGUGGACAAACACCUCAGUCUGCGAGUGCCCCCAAGAAACGUCCGGCCCUGAAGAGCUCCUCACCUGAGGCUAAAAAGCUUGACACAAAGUCCGAGUCAUCAGUUCCAGCAAGCACAACCACUGUGCCUGCUGCACCUGUUAAGGACUCUGCUAGUCCAGGCCUUGUAACAGGAGACGUGUCUAAUACUGGCUCUGCUCAGUACGGAUCAGACGGGUUAUGGAAGAUAACUCUUGACAAACAGCCACCGCCUGGUGUUAAACUUGUCCUAUUUCUCCCUGUCUGUCAAACCAACGGCCUGGCGCUCCCAUCUACAGUCCCUCAAACAAUGCAGUUUCCAGAUAUCCAAGUCAAGCAUCAAGCGGCCCGUCCUCCUCUUUCACGUAAGGAACACCUUCGAGUGAAGGCUGAGCUAAAUGUCCCUGUGGAUUUGGUAACCAGGAUUAAACGGGAUCAAGAAGGUGAAGCACCUUUGGACUUGUCUAAGAAGUGUAACUCAUCUAAGUCAGCUACGAGCAAUGUUCCUCUUCCUCCUGUUAAAAGUGAGCUGGAAGAAUUCGAAGUCUCAGGAGAGGCUAAUGGCACUAAAAGACAUGGAUUAAAAAAUGCUGACUGCAAAGUAACUGUUAAAAAACUGAAAGGAGAGGCAGAUGCAUAUACUAACGUUAAGUGGGUGAAAACUGAUAUCUCCCCUCUUAAUGACAAUACAGCAUCCUCUGGACUAAUAAUAGACAUUAAGAAAGAGCCUCAGUCUCCUGGUUCUGAUUUUGAUGUGUGGCGGUCCAGAUCAUGCCAGCUGAGAGACCGGGGGCUUGAGAAAGAAAUUAAGAUGGAAGUUGAUGUUUCGCACCCUUCCCCUGCUGAUACGGAGAAGUGAAAUACAGUGAAUGGGAAAGAGAAUAAAACACCUACUCUAUUGAUGUACGGGUGACCACCAAAACAAGAAUGGAGGUGAUACUCUUCAGCCAGAAUGAUCCACUAAUGACGUUCUGUCUACCAUCAUACCCUUAUAUGACAGAGCAGAUAUUUUUUACCGUUUCCACUUGCUCUUGAAGAAAUCCAGUGUGUCUAGCAGUAUGACUAUGUGACUUUUGGUUUAGCGUAAGAAAGAUUUGGGUUAUUCUGUAAUUUAAACAAACCAUUCCAGGUUGUGAUACAUAAUGGCUUUUGUUUGAUUUGCAUGUGGCUGAAGCUUGGGGCUUGGGCCACAAGAGCAAAAUGGGACUAAUAGUUAAAAACCUUAUGCAAUAUUAUGCAGGAUUUGACACUGCAUAAAAACUAUUCCUGAUCUACCUUUUUAGGUCCUUGUUUUUAUGUGGGGGAAUUAAAUUAUUUUCUACCUAUGUGUUAAGUGUAAUGAAGACACUGGAUUUCUAUAAUAAUGUGCACAUUUGUGUAUAGGCACUUGACUCUUUAUACUAUGUUUAAAAUGGAUGCAAAUCACGGUACUGAUCAUAACAUGAUAUUCUGCAAUCAUGUGAUUUACAUUUGGUGAAUCUUGACAGUCUGCAGGUAUAUGUUGAUGUUUUUUUUUUUAAAGGUUGACGAAUUUGUCAUUGAUGCAAGCUCAGUAAAUAUCUUGAUGACAGCUCUCAAAUUUCUUAAUCUAUAAUCCUUCGUGUGUGUGUGUGUGGGUGUGUGGUUGGUCAUAGGCUACUUUUGGGGAAUGGUCAAGGGCAGUGGUUAAGGUUAGGCAAGUAGUGGUGAUGGUUGGGGUAAAUCUCCAAGACAUAAAUGUAAGUCUAUGUAAUGUCACCAUGAUCUGACGUGUGUGUGUGUGUGUGUGUGUGUGUGUGUGUGUGUGUGUACAUGCAUGCAUGAAAGGGGGCUCUUAUAUCAUAUAUCCUGUGUUUACAUAAUCUUCAACGUUGAAUCUCAACUCUCAAUACUGUUUGAACUACAAUAUUGUGUACCACUAUUCACACUUUAAAAAAAUGACCAUUCAGCACCAUGGAGACACACACAUACAGAAACACACUUCCACAGACACAGGUGAGUAUUUUACUGAGACCCAUAAGAAUCAACACUCCUGUCCCAUCAUGUUCAGGAUAUUAUUAUUACUGGAUAAGGAACAUCCCAAUUGAAAGCUAGGUUGAACAGCCUACAAGGGAUUGACUUCAUGCUUGUGGUACUUCUGUUUUAGUGAUUGUGACAGUGGUCCAACUGCAAUGACUACGCAAGUUAAAUAAAUUAUAAAUUGUAAAAA